AUGAAGUUCUGGCAACUUCUCUCCCUCGCCGCUGUUGUAGCUGGCAGCCCAGUGUCAACCCUCACAGCUCGACAGGAUGGCGAAAGCUUCACAGCUACCCAAGCAGAUCUCACCAACUUUGAAUUCUUUGUCCAGUAUGCUGGAGCCGCCUACUGUAACACCGAGACGCCCGCCGGACAGCCAGUCGCCUGCGCCAACAAUACUUGUCCCGCCGUAGCAGCAACCGUCAUCAACUCCUUCGAAGGCUCUGAGACCGGCAUCGGGGGCUUUGUCGCCGUUGAUCCCGCCCACCAGCAAAUCAUCCUCGCCGUCCGCGGCAGCAAGAACAUCCGCAACUUCAUCGCCGACAUCGAAUUCGCCUUUGAAGACUGCGACUUCGCCCCGGGCUGCGAGGUCCACGACGGCUUCCAAAAGGCCUGGAACGAGAUCGCCGACGCCGCCACCGCCGCCGUCACCCAGGCCGCCGCCGCCAACCCGGCCUUUGGCAUCGUCGCCACCGGACACUCCCUGGGCGGCGCCGUCGCCACGCUCGCGGCCACGGUCCUGCGCACCCAGGGCUUCCCCGUUGACGUCUACACGUACGGAUCGCCCCGCGUGGGCAACGACGUGUAUGCCAACUUCGUCACGAGCCAGCCCGGCGGCGAGUUCCGCGUUACGCACGUCGACGACCCCGUGCCUCGGCUGCCCCCCCUUCUCCUCGAGUACCGCCACGUCUCGCCCGAGUUUUGGCUCUCUACUGGCGACGGCGACACCGUCUCCUAUACUGUCGCCGAUAUUGAAGUCUGCACUGGCAUUGACAACGCGGAUUGCAACGCCAGCACCGACGGCGUCGAUCUCACUGCUCAUUCCUUUUACUUUGAAAAGGUCUCGGCCUGCGCGCCCUCUGGGCUGCAGUUUAAGCGUGACGAUAACUCCACCGCCUCCGACGACAUUGACCAGGCUACCAUUGAUAGGCUUGUGAGAUGGAGUCAUGAGGACCAAGCUUUGGUUGCUUCUGGGAAAGCAUAA